AUGGUGUACCCAGAGCAAUACGUAUUGAACGACUUCAACAGCCAUGCAGAAUCCCGGUAUCAAGCUCAGUUCAGCAUCAUGGCCAACAGCGGUCUCUACACAGUCGAGAGUAUAACAUACACGAAUGUGAACAAGCAAAGGCAUCAAGCCGAUAUGCUUCUCAUCGGCCGCUACUACCUGAAUCCUGGACCACCUGUAUGGGCGCAUGGCAACGGACAUCACAUCGAAUACUACAUGGGUCAGCCUACCGACAUGUGCGAGCCGGUUCUGGAGAACCACAUAUCACGAAUCUACUACUUUACACCAUUCCGCCUGAUGGGAUCGACACAGGGCUCCUCAAAGUCCAAGCGCACGCGUCAUACAACUUUCAAUUUCGAGGCGGAGGUAUUUGAGACGGUUGUCAACUUCGUUCUUCUUCUCACUGGUCGACUUGAUCACGCCCACAAUUCUCGGGGAAUAGAUAUGGCCGGGAAACUGCAGUUUGCAUGCCUCGCCUUCGAGAAGAACCACAAUGCUGAGGAAGCUGGGAAGCUUGCAUUCCAGGAGAACAGACUGUCUUUCCAAGAGCAUUCCGGCAAUCAGCACACCCAGCGCUCAUCCGAGCUCGCCCUGCGCGGCGUCAGACUCAGUGAAGCAUGUGAAAGUUCCACAGCUGAGAUCACACCUACGAAGCUCCCACGCACAGUCGUGAACAGCACCUCUUUUCGUGUUCAAGCGAGGUAUGGCACGCAGCCUGCAUCCAUGAAGGGCCAAGUCCUACGUUUCCAAUCCGAUGUCGAUGUCGAACUCGCACAAGUUCGAGCUGCUCACCAAGAAGAGAUGAAGAAUCUUCAAGCCCAGCUCACUGCGCAGGAUAAUAAGACCAAGGCCGCGAAAGCCAAGACAGUUGGAUCGAAGAAGAAACUCAAAGCUGUCAAGCAAGAGAACAAGGAAUUGAAGGAUAGGUCUUCAGUACAGGAGACCAAGUCUCAGAAUAUGAUCGGAAAAUAUGGCAGACUGAAGGAAAGGUAUCGUCGAGCCAAGACGAUGUUGAGGAUCAAGAGGGAGAGGAGCGACGACUAG